AUGGCGCCGUUAGGCCAAACGAUCGCCGUGAUUGAUAAAUCCGGCAAAGUCGUCAGCACUAGCAAGCAGCUUUUUGGUGUCUUCAGCCAAGCUAAACAAGCUUAUCGCGAGCGAAAGUCCCACUUUGAUUCGGAGCGCAGUGCCAAGAUCGCAGAGCAGCAGGCUCUCCAAGGCCUCGCCAACUACCAGAUCGAUGAUGCACCUUCAGAACGAUCAGGACGCAGUCGCGGAACAAAGUCUCGCCAUCAUUCAACGCGGCAUCGCCCUCGGGCUCCUUCGCACUAUGAGCAGGACUUACACUCUGUAGCGCCCAGCCGAGCGGGGUCUCGAUAUGCUCCCUCGCAGGCUAUCGCCCGCCGGCAUACCCACCACGAUGUCACGACCCGGGAACCCUCUCGCCCGGAGACUGCUCGGUCCAAGUCCGACGCCAAUAUAGAUAUGGAUCUUGCAUAUGGAGAGGCCCACCCAGAGGCCCUCUCAAAAUAUGAUCCGGUGCCUGCUGGGGAUGAGAAGCAGCAACUGAAUGGACUGGUCGAUCGGGCCCAGUGGCUUCUAGAAGAAGCACACUGUGUCCAACAUAGCGCUACCGCAACCAUCUCCCACCUUCAAAAGAACCCUGAUGCCAUGGCCGCGGUCGCCCUCACUCUUGCCGAGAUUAGCAACCUAGCUAGCAAAAUGGGCCCGGCUGCACUCUCUGCUUUCAAAGCCGGUGCACCGUCCGUUUUUGCAUUGCUUGCCAGCCCCCAAUUCCUCAUCGCCGCCGGUGUCGGUCUCGGUGUCACCGUUGUCAUGUUCGGUGGAUACAAGAUUAUCAAGCAAAUCAAGGCCGGCGCCACAACACCAACUACUACGACCGAGAAACAACAAUCUACUGGAAUGGAUGAGAUGAUGGAAUUUGACGUCGAACACCUCAGCGGCGUCGAAAUGUGGCGCAGAGGUGUCGCCGAUAUGGAAGCCGUCAGUUUAGGCACAUCGGUGGACGGCGAGUUCAUCACCCCCACGGCAGCCGCCAUGUCUGGAAUCGAUGUCACAACCGCCCGCGCGGAGCGAGAUCCUCGAUUCAAAUUCGAUGAAGACGGUUCCGUCGCAUCAUCGCGUCGAUCUCAUCGUUCCCACCGUUCACAUCGCUCCCGAACUUCGCGGGCGCAAUCCGCAGCGCCCAGCAGUCGCUCAAAGAGGGAACCUGAUACUACCUCUAAACCACCCACCUCUUUCUUCUCCAAAUCUACAAAGGCCGCCCCAAAGCCUUCUAGCAGGGCACCCAGCCGAGCACCCAGUCGGGCCCCCUCAAAAGCCCCCUCCAAAGCCUCUACAUAUGUGUCAGAGAAAGAAAAACCACCGAAGGAUGCCAAGAAGAAGAAGGGCCCGAGUCGCUUGCGUCUCAUGUUUACCGCUUAA